CUCCAGGCAAAAUGAAGCAGAAUCUGGUGCAGGUGUUUUUCAUGCUGCUGCUGCUACUGCUGGGCCUGGGGGUGGGCCUGGGCCUGGGGCUUCAGAUGGCUGCAGCAGUCCUGGAGGACAGUGAUCAGCCACUGAAUGAAUUUUGGUCCAGUGACUCACAGGAUGAAGCUAAAGCCACUGAGAGAGAGGGUACCCAAAUGACAGAAACCCUGGUGCUUAGCAACAAAGGAGUGGUGCAACCUGUCUGGCCAGAAGAGACCAUCCUCGGUGAAGAUGAGGUUGAAGGAAACAAGAUGCUCAGAGCUGAGGCUCUCUCUCAGAGCAACAAAGACUAUCUCCAGCUUGACCUCACAGCUAGGGAAUGCAAUGCCAUGAUGGCACACAAGAUGAAGGAGCACAAUCAGACCUGCAUAAAUGAGUACACAUUCAUCCACGAGGAUCCAAAAACAGUCAAAGCUGUCUGUAACAGCCCUGUUGUUUCCUGUGAGCUCAAGGGGGGCAAAUGUCACAAAAGCUCCCAUCCUUUUGAUUUGACACACUGUAAGUUGUCCAAAGCAGGCCAAAUCACUCCUAACUGCAAUUACCUGACUUUCAUUAUGGAAAAGUUUGUUGUUAUAAGCUGUAAUGACAUGAAGCUCCAGUUAACACCUGGACAAUGAAACAAUCCAUCCUUUUUCUCUCUUCACCUUCUCCUCUUCC